UUUCCUUAUUUUUUUAUUUCUUUCGAAGAUCAACAGGUAUCAACAUUUAAAUUAAAUACACUCCUCCUACGUUAUAGUACUUGAAAGUAGUCGAAGUUAGAUCACCAUUUUUUCAUGAAGCUUUAUAUUUCCAGUAUAACAGAGAGAUCACUGAUGGCGCACAUAUUAGACGAAUUUAUCUCGCAACCCGAAUCGGGACCUGUGUUUUACAAACGUAUACUGCCAGAUUCGUGUGUUUCAUUUUCAUCGAGAGAGGGGAAAACAAUUUUUGAGGAAGCAUUGUUAUCUGGUCAUAUGGAAUGUUAUUUCAAACUAGCCUCACAGUUCCGUACCCAAGACGAGCCGGCUUUUUGUGGACUAAGUACACUGGUUAUGGUGUUAAACGCUCUUGAAAUAGACCCUGGAAAAGUCUGGAAACGGCCAUGGCGAUGGUAUCAUGAAAGCAUGUUGAAUUGUUGUGUUCCCAUUGCUGUUAUGGAAAAAGAGGGAAUUACUAUGGACCAAUUCAUAGCAAUGGCUGAAAACAAUUACCUUGAAACAAGGUUGACAUAUGUUGAUGAAACUGCUUCUCUAAAAGCUUUCCGAGCGGUUAUUCACAACUAUACAAAACAAGAGGAAUCUGUGAUCACAUUGUCGUAUUCCCGGAGUGUUCUUUCUCAGACAGGAGAUGGCCAUUUUUCUCCAGUUGGUGGUUAUCAUCCCAGUCGAGAUCUUGUUCUGAUAUUGGAUACAGCUAGAUUUAAAUACCCGCCGUAUUGGGUUCCUGUCUCUUUACUCUUUAAAGCUAUGCAGGCUAAAGACAAGUUAACAGGGAAACCAAGAGGAUAUGUCAUACUGACUAAACAGUCAAAUUGCUGAACACCAUUCCGAUAUUCUACUUUUACGAAUCUCUGAUUGACUUGGGACUUAACAUGCUUAAGUAAAGUCCUGUGUAGAAAAUGCUGGGAAUAUUUGAUAAGGGUUAAACAGACGGAAAGCUGGCCUCACGGUCAUAAAACAUUCGAGCAUGAUUUUUGUACUCAGACUCAAAAAUCAACCAAUCAAAUUGCUGGAUUUCAUGUUUCGAGCAUGAUUUUUGUGCUCCAGGCACUGAGCAAAGUUUUAUGCCUUCAAGGCCUGAACUAUGGACCUUGAGAUAAAUAGUUGACUCGGUCAAUAAUACCAUGAUGAAGUCCAUGGUACUAUGAGAAAUACAAACAAAUAAAUCAAGAACUACAUCAUGAACUUCAUCAUUGCAGAUUAAGUUAAUGGUGUGAAAUAUAUUAAUAUUGUUUAUUAUUGUAAUUAAAUAUCAAAUAAUGCAAGUACGACACACUGAUUGAAAAUACUGUUUUAAUAUGUCGUUCAUUUACCUAGGGAUUGAGCUGUUGUAUUAAAUGUCUGAAAUCAACUUGUUCUACUACUAGUUAGCACAUAUGGAACUUAAGGGGCUUUUGUCAUCAAAUAAGUCAAUGAAUAGUGAUGCUCGGACACAUAAGAUAAACUUUUUGAGAUAUUUAUAUGAUUGGGUUAGGUCAUCUUUUCUCUUAUAUUUGAGUGUGACUUCACAUUACUAUAAGACGUGUCACGGUACUUUUCUAUCCAAAAUUGGUUUUGAUGUUGUAUUUGUUAUUCUCAUCGGAUUUUGUCUAAUGCUUAGUCCGUAUAUGUGUGUGUUACAUUUUUAUGUUGUGUCGUUGAUCUCCUCUUAAAUUAAAUGCGUUUCCCUAAGUUUUAGUUUGUUGCCCCAAUUUUGUUUUUUGUCCAUAGAUUUACGAGUUUUGGACAGCGGUAUACUACUGUUGCCUUUAUUCAAUACAUUGACAAUGGACUUUUAAAUGAAACAAGAGAAUAGAAAAUGAUUUUUUUUAAAAGAAAACAGUAGUAUACCGCUGUUCAAAAGUCAUAAAUCGAUUGAGAGAAAACAAAUACGGGCUACAGACUUAAACCGAGGGAAAUAAAGAAACAGCAGAAACACUGAUGUGCAACAAAAACAAACGACAAUGCAAAAUACGAAGAAACCAAUUAUAAAAUAACAACUGCCAUAUUCCUGUCUUCGUACAUGACAUAUUAAGAAAACAUCCUGGGUUGAACCUGGUUUGUGGCUAGCUUAACCUCACGCUUUAUGGCAACGUUAAGGAUACCGCUAAAUCAUAACAUUGCAUUAAAGGAAAACAUAGUAUAAAUAAAUGCAACACUCAGAACAAAGAAAUACAUAGAUAAAUAAUAUAAAGUACAUUCAAUAUGUAAACCAUAGAAUAACAACGAAAACUUAAAAUAAUUGAGGGCAGUACACAGAAACAGCAUAAUAGAACUACAAUAUGUGCGUCACACGAAUGUAUAAACGCCACAAAAAGUAACGUCACAGGUAAAUUAAAAAAAAUAUAUAUAAAAAUAGAGAUUUGGUUUGUAAUUAUGUUA